AUGGCUACACAAUCACGGGCCCAUGGCGGCCACAGCCACGGCCACGGUCACCAUCACCACCACCACGAUAAUGUGUACCUGACCUCCACCAACAAACACGACGCCGGCGUGCGGAUCACACGCAUCGGUCUAUUCGCCAACCUUACCAUGGCCAUUGGAAAAUUCAUUGGCGGCUACGUCUUCCAUUCACAAGCCCUAAUUGCCGACGCGUACCACGCCCUGACUGAUCUCGUGUCCGACUUCCUGACCCUGGGCACGGUUGCGUUGUCACUCAAGCCGCCCAGCGAGCGUUUCCCCAACGGAUAUGGGAAGGUCGAGAGCAUUGGGGCACUGGGUGUGAGCGGGCUACUGCUUUGCGGCGGCGUGUUUAUGGGUCUCAAUGCUGGGCAGAUCUUGCUGGGUCAGGUCUACCCCGAGGCGGCGGAGGCAAUGGCUCAUUGGGGGCUUCUGGGACAUGGCCAUUCGCAUUCACACAGUCACGGUGCGGAUAUCCUGGGGCCGAGUAUCCACGCGGCGUGGUUGGCUGCAGGAUCUAUUGUGGUGAAGGAGUGGCUCUACCAUGCGACUAUGAAGGUCGCCAAUGAGCGCAAGUCCUCGGUCCUUGCAUCCAACGCCGUCCACCACCGCAUCGACUCCCUGACGAGUAUUGUGGCCCUAUUCACCAUCGGGGGAAGCUAUGUCUUCCAAGACGCUACCUGGCUGGAUCCAGUGGGCGGGCUGUUGAUCUCACUGAUGGUCAUCAGAGCCGGCUGGGGCAAUACGAGGACCUCUCUCCUGGAGCUGGCCGACACGACGGUCGACGACGACAUCAAAUCCUCCGUACACAAGGCUGCCGCGAAGGCAUUGCAAGAAAUUGCAGACGGCGACGGGGUGGUGGUCCGCGACGUUCAGGGGAUGAAGUCCGGGCAGAACUAUUUGAUGGACAUCGAGCUGGCCGUACCGGGAGACUGGGUUCUCAUGCGCGCACGGUUGGUAGAGGAAGCCGUCCGGACGGCCGUGGGUGCCAAGGUGCGCGGCGUGAAGCGGGUCAAGAUGCGUUUCAUUCCUGUGGAACUUCAGAACCUCACCUUUUCUGAAGAGUUCAUUGCCCCUAGCGCCCGGGCCAGCCCUGAACCCAGUGAAAAUGGCUCGGCGGAGGCGUCCGGGACCCAUCUCCAUCACCAUGUCGAGGAGAAUGGCACUCGGAAGAGGAAUUAA